AUGGAACGGCGCAACGGCGGUGGAGGGGGAUUCUGCUCCUUCCCUCUUCUAUUUGCCGUCGCCGCCUCCUUCGUGGUGGCAGUUCUUGCGCGGGUACUGUACGUGCUGUACCACACGGGAAGGCCGCUCCGCUCUAAGAAGGGUGUGCGGCCAUUACGCACGCUCAUCAUUCUCGGAUCCGGUGAGAGAACGCUUAGUUCAUUUUAUUUUUUCAGGGAAAAUUGUUGAUUAUUUUUUACUGGUUUGUCGCGGCGCUGAGGUUGAUCGAGCGUUUGAUUUUGGAGGACCCAGGGGGUCACACGGCCGAGAUGCUCAAUCUCUUGGCGGUGCUCGACAAGGACAAGUUCAACCCCAGAUUCUACAUCUCUGCUAUCACGGAUAGCAUGAGCCUCCAGAAAGCUGAGGUUUACGAAGAAUCAAUCGCGCCGCAGAAUGUAUGUCGCCUUCCUCCCCAGUCAAUCACACUUGCCCUAUUAUUGAUUUUUUCUUCAGUCACCAUGCCGUUUUAGAUUUUUUUUGGGGAAAAAUUUAAUUCAAACUAUCUAUCGUUUGCAAUCUUCAGCACAAAGGGAUCAUUUCAAAAACUCCAAAAUUCCAAAUAUCGGAUUUAGGGGCAGAACUUGGCAAAAAAAAAAAAUCCACUUAAAAAAUGCUAAUUUCGAAGCUUAAAAGCAUGCCAUGCCAUGCCAUGCCAUGCCUUAUGAAUCACCACUUUUCGGGAGACAUUUAACCAUCCAGAUAAUCUGAUGGUUACAGUUGUGUUUAUGAACCUGAAAGUUGUCUCUAUGAUCGCGAGGCACGUGAUGGGAGACUUAUUUUACUUCCCUGUCUGCCUUCAAAGGGACUAAAACUAUUCACUUCGCAAAGGUUCUUGAUUCACAUCUCUGACAAAUUCUGUUAACCAAAGUGAUGCUGAUCAAAUCAUUUUGGGGUUAGAAAUGCCAAUGGAUCCUAUGAAAUCGACGGACAAGUCCUUUGGGAUUUUAGAAAACCCUAUGAGACUUUACUGAUCUCGUGGUUAUCUAUGUUCUAAUAUAGAAUAUCUUAGUCAGGGUUUCUUUUCUCGGUUUUUUUAAGCAGAAUCAGGGCUUCCUGCUUGACUGCCCUGACUGUUGUUCUAUCCUCCUCUGUCAAUGUACGUCACCCAGCGGUGAGGACAUGACUUGAACUGUACAUCAUGUCCCCUUGGUUUUAUACUAACAGCUUAUUCAGUCAAGGUAUGGAAAUACCUUAUAUUAAAUUGAAUAAAUCGAAGAUUACUACACAAAAAAAUGAAACGAGGAUACUGCAGUGUGCUUAAACAAACAAAACAGAAAAAGAAUUUCAAACGAGGAACAGGACCCAAAUCCCUUACAUCCUAGAACGUGGGUGCACAAUUGACUACCGAUAGUCAACUACAAAAAAUACAAUUUGAUGGCUCACUGGUGCCUGUGUAGCUUCUAUCGUGGACGUGGCAUAGAGAUCAGAUAACACGUAUUCUGAAGGUCGGGCAAUGGCUUCGAGGCCACAAUGUCCUGUGAGUGUCCUCCAUUGAUGUCCAGCACCAUGCUAUUGACAAAGUCUGGUCAUAAGGGUUGCAUAACCAACUAGUGUUUUCAUUAAGGAUAAACCAUUUAUGUCAGUUACUCAUAUGCAUUUCACAUAUACUGGCAAAAUAGAAGCCAAUCUACUUUGUUCAUUAUUACACAUUCAAAUUAAACUAUAUUCUUUCAUAAUCCCUGGGAACUCGAUUGGACAUUUCACUUGGGGUAGAUACUGUUUAUACAGCACUUAUGGUGUAUGAUUUGUAUCUUUCUUUCUGCAUUAUAAAUAAGGUUACAGACUUUUUUUCUCUGAUGAUUAUCUAUAUUUGGAUAGAUUUGCGGUCAUUAAUGUGGUAUUGAUAUUAAUAUGUACGCAUGAUCUGUAUCUCGUCCGUUUGCUUCUGUAGUUGUCACAUAACAGCCAGAGCUGUUGCCUGAUUUCGCUGGUUAUAGUUUCUGAAAAGGAUGUAGUCUCACAAUUGGGGCUGGUUAGUCAUAUUGCAAGAAGUUCCUACCAACCUCAUCUUGACUGGCAGCAGAAUGAACAGAUCCAAUGCUAAGGGUGCAUGUAGACUACAGGGAGAUGAGAGCGGACAGAGGAGACGUACGCACUCAAGACUGGUUCAGUUUGUUCACAAUAAAGUGAACAUGGUGCUCUGUACAUGGCAUUACCUGAUCUUGAAAAAUCUUUCCACCUAUCCAUCAUUUUCAUGGUGCUCUUGGGACUACUUGGGGGGCCAUUUUUUUGAAUCUUUCUUUGACUUUUUUUUAUUGGUUGCAGACAGGCACUGGGGACGAGAUGAAUCCUGCUCAUUUUAUGAAGAUCUAUCGAAGCCGGGAAGUGGGUCAAUCUUACAUAACAUCUGUCGGAACGACCAUAGUCGCUAUCAUCCAUGCAUUAUGGUUGACAUUUAAGAUCAGGCCUCAAGUGGUAUUUUUUCAAUAUAUUAAAGUUUCUGGUCGUCAAAUUCUCAGAACUCUUGAAGUAUCACGUAAUUCUUUGAUCUUGUUUCAGGUCAUUUGCAACGGCCCGGGUACUUGUAUUCCACUCUGUGUUUGUUCGUUCCUUCUCAAGGUUUGGACUUUUGUACACCGAGGAAUCAUCUUCCAAAACUGAAGCAUCAGAUUCAUUUUAAACUUUAAUCGAAGAGGAAAUAAACACAAUUUUUUGGUUUCUUUCUCUGAAUAUUGGGACGACUUUACGGCCUUUGCUAUUUAUAAUUAGCUAAUUAAGAAUUUCUUAUCGACGAUAGCAAACCCAGAACAUAAACUUUUGCUCCAAAACAGCUGGGAUUUCGACCAGGAUUCAAAUUUAGACCUGGGGCUUGUUUUUUUUCAAAGAUUUUACCUCUAUGAUUUUUCGAUCUCAUUUAUCACCCUUUUGAGAGAUUCGACUACAUAUUUCUGUCAAACAAGAAAAUUUACUUGGAUUCAAGGCAGACGAAACUCUUCUGCUCAAGGUGGGAUUGGUAGAGGAGGGCUCAACUCUGCUGCCAGCUCACAUGCAGAACAUCAUAGCGAACUAUUUUUUUUGAGCAAUAAAUUGACAGACUCUUGUUCUUCAGAAACUAUUCACCAUGGGUGGAAGUUCCAACAUAUUGCUUUAAUAUUCACCGAUCUCUUAUUAUAAAAUGUCCAUAGGAGAUUGACUGUUCUGUCAUCUCUGACAGGUGGUCGGUAUUAGAUGGUCAUCCAUCUUCUACGUUGAGAGCAUAGCAAGAGUCAAGAAACUGUCCUUGAGUGGUUUCCUUCUCUACCACUUACGCAUGGCUGAUCAGUUAUUUGUCCAAUGGCCGUACUUGAAGACAAAACAUCCCAGAGCUCUUUACGUUGGCCGCCUCAUGUAG